AAAACAGAUCCACUAAAACGGCAUUCAGUGUCGAAAACGCCUUAAAUGUGUCUCACAUUAGGAUAUCAUUCAUAAGUCAAGCCAUUAGUCGCCGACAUUUGCGAUCAGUUUGUCUCUUAAUGUUUGUCCCCUUUUGACGGAUUCACAGCACGAUUCCAGUCAUUGAGUGUCCCUUCAGUGGGUUUGUGGCGAUCAACAGUUGGUUCAACGACUAUAUCAACUGUCAUUUGUGUGCUUCAUUACAGUCUUACAUUUCAUUGUGAUUAUCAGUGGUGAUCGUGGGAUCAAUUGUUGGUAAAGAUGCCGAAAGCCGUGAACGUAAGGGUGACCACAAUGGACGCGGAACUGGAGUUCGCGAUCCAACCCAACACUACUGGCAAACAACUGUUUGAUCAGGUGGUGAAGACGAUUGGCGUUCAAUUCAAUGGCGACGGCGAUGGCGACAGUGCUAUAGACGUCCCGCGACCUGAAGAGGAACGAGAGACCGAAGUGUCGAAGAAGAAGGACCUUCAGGAACAGCUGAAGCUCUUACAACAAGACUUAGCGCUAUCUAAAGACGACUCGAAAGUAACCAAAAACGAUGUCUUACAUGAAGAGAAUGUCCGACAGGGAAGAGACAAAUACAAGACAUUACGAGACAUAAGAAAAGGCAAUACUAAGCGACGUGUGGAUCAGUUCGAGAACAUGUAAACACUGUUAAGAGACAGUAAUUUAAGUGAAAUUAUUUUAUACACAGAAAAGACACAAAACAUGCAAAAAAUUGUUUUUUCAAGAAUUGAUAGUUUAGGGAAAGAAACGAAAGCAUAAAAUUUGUAACAAGUUUUCGACUUAUCAUCAAAUGUUUGGUUUUGUUUUCCGAAACCAUUUCUAUUUUUCCAUAAUAUUAGAACAAAACACAAGAAAAUUAAUGUAUUUUUAUUCUAUUAAACAAACAUUUUAAAAAUGAAACUUUUGUGUCGAUAAGGAUUUGAAUUCAAAGGGUUUGCGACGGCAAACAGUUUUGAAUAUCUAUUCAUCGAUUCACUCAUUCCUUCAAUUGUUAUCAAUAUAUCUCUGAUUUGAUUAUAUUAUAUAUGUUUUUCGGAUAAUACAUGAGAAUAUUUUUUAAGAAUUAUUUUAUAGAAUAAUAUGUAUUGUCAUCCCCGAAGAUAUCAUUCAAUUAGUAUUUAUAUACUAUUUCUAUAUUACUACUACUGUACUACUGGUAUAUUUACAAAAUUAAAGGCAUUUGUUUUUAGAUAUUUUACU